ACAGCAGCAGCAGCAACCGCUCACAGUCCGCGCUCAGUCAUAAGUAUCGACACACAGGCGGCAGAGGUGGACACGCAUACGGUGUUUCUCGAUGACAGAACUAACGUAAACCUACUGUUUCUGUCUCUUUUUCACCCAAACGCACAGUCAGUCCCGCUCUCGGGAAGCCCGGAGACCAAGAAUGACUGACGGAGGAAUGUUAAUCUCACCGUCGGCUCUCCAGGAUCCCGGAGAUGGAGCGCGACCUGAAGACAUCGCUAUGGAUUGUACGGACGGGGAAGAGGAAUUGUGCUUGGAGGAGAUUUUAACACUGUACAGUCAACCGAUCAACGAGGAACAAGCCUGGGCCGUGUGUUAUCAGUGCUGCAGGUGGUUAACGCAAAAACACAGGCGGAAAGAGACAGGCGUGAGUCCACCUGGACGGAUUGCGGGUCCUGGAGAUGUGAGGAUCCGGAAGGACGGGAAUGUGAAAUUAUAUCAGCCGAGCAAUCCAGAUAAGCACACACCGCCCAGCUCAUCAAUAGAGAUCAUCGAGUCUCUGGGCAUCAUGAUCUAUAAGGCUCUGGAUUAUGGCCUGAAGGAGCACGAGGAAAGAGAACUGAGUCCUCCUCUGGAGCAACUUAUCGACCUCAUGACCAACAUGGCGGACACAGAAACAGACUGUCCUGAUGAGGGAUACGAGGCCACGGAGGAGGAGGAUGAGGGAGAAGAAGAGAACGCUGAAGUUUCCAAUGUUCGAGGAUACCGAGACAUAAUUUCUCUCUGUUUGUCUCACCUUCCCAGUCCAUCUGAUGCUCCAAACCACUACCAGGCCGUGUGUCGAGCCCUGUACGCUGAGACCAAGGAGCUCCGCACUUUCCUAGAGAAGAUCAAGAGUGCCAAAGAGAAUUUGCGGAAGAUGGAAGGAGAAACAGAGGAGCCCGUCAGAGACCUGAAUGAGCUGCAGAAUGCUGACUGGGCUCGGUUUUGGGUGCAGGUGAUGAGGGACCUGAGGCACGGCGUGAAGCUGAAGAAGGUGCAGGAGCGUCAGUAUAACCCUCUAGCCAUCGAGUACCAGCUCACGCCUUACGAGAUGCUCAUGGAUGACAUCCGAUCCAAACGCUACAAACUCCGCAAGGUCAUGGUUAAUGGUGACAUUCCUCCGAGGUUAAAGAAAAGUGCUCACGAGAUCAUCCUGGAGUUCAUUCGAUCGAGGCCUCCAUUAAAUCCUGUUUCUGCUCGUAAACUGAAGCCUCAUGCUCCUCAACCUCCGACUCUCCAUGAGCGUAUCCUUGAGGAGAUCCGAUCAGAGAGAAAGCUUAGGCCCGUGUCUCCUGAUAUGAUCCGCAGGAGUCGACUCGUAAUGCGUCCUCUUAGCAUGUCUGUCAGUUUUGACUCAUCAGGCGCAGGCAAAAGUAUAAGCACUCCACAGGACUUGUUCAGAAGCUCAGAUAUCCCAGAUGGACCUCGCAAGUUGGCCAUCAGCACACUAUCUCUGGCUAACGGCACGUCACCGGCUCGAAGUCCUGUGAACGGUGUAGCCGGAGGGCAUUCACUGUCCCAGAGGAAAAGGUUACUCAAAGCACCUACACUAGCCGAACUGGACAGCUCCGACUCUGAGGAGGAGCAAAGCACCCGCAAAUCUGACAGCAGCUCCAGCAUAUCCACCUCACUGGUUGAGGACACGUCUCCAGAGUCUGUCAUGGGCAAAAAACCUCCACCUCAGUUCCUGCCCAUUUCUUCCACACCUCAGCCUGAUAAACGCAUCGCUCCUCAGAGGAGACACUCCAUUGAGAAAGAGGCUCCCACCAACAUACGCCACUUCCUGCCUCCAUCUCGACAGAACUCCAAAUCUCUGAUGUCUUCAGACGGCAAGGCUCACGCACUAGGCAGCGGUCAUGCGGAGGAGUUCUGCUUCCCUGUCGAGUGUUUGACUCUGACCGUGGAGGAGGUGAUGCACAUCAGACAGGUUCUUGUCAAAGCCGAACUGGAGAAGUUCCAGCAGUAUAAAGACAUUUAUAAUGCACUGAAGAAAGGAAAGCUUUGCUUCUCAUGUCGGUCGAAGAAGUUCUCAUUAUUUACCUGGUCCUACACCUGUCAGUUCUGUAAGAGGCCGGUUUGCUCACAGUGCUGCAAGAAGAUGAAAUUGCCCUCCAAGCCUCACGCCAGCCUGCCCAUCUCCUCUUUGGGUCCCAGUAUCCUGCCCAAAAAAGAGCCCGGAGCAUCAUCAGCCCCGACAGAUAAAACCUCCUCCACAUCCAGCCACAAGAAAAACAGCCUUCAGCGCUCAUUGUCUAGAUCAUCAAAACACGGCGAUCGCUCGUCUUCUAAAGACGAGCUGGAGCUUCCGGAGCAGUUCACCGAGGACUGGAGCACCAUGGAGGUCUGCGUGGACUGCAAAAAAUUCAUCAACGACAUCAUCAGCAACAGCCGCCGCAACCUGUCCACCAAACGUGCCCGCCUGCACCGCCGGACACACUCCGUCUACUCGUCCAGCACCAGCUCCUCCAACUACAAACCAACCGAGCGCACCAUCAAAGAGGUCUAGCGUCCCAAACGUCAAGGAAAAAAGGUGUUUGUUUUUUUCUCUGUUACGUCCGACAGCCCACUUUUAGCUUUGUAAGCAUACCUUCCAUACCUCUUCUUUUCCUUUUAAAAAGUGCCAGAGGCGAAGGAAGUUAAAAAGCCCGUCCCUCUUCCAGCAUGAGUCCUUAAGCACCAGCCUUCUCAGGAAACGGUUUGGAAUGUAGUUUCGACUUAUUUUAACCAACAAAUCUGAAUUAUUAAUGACAAAGUGUGAACAAAAGAAAGCGCAAGGCUGCUUUGAGCACCGAAAGGCCUGAAUGUACACUUUUUUCAAUGUAGUGAAGUCAAACAGAGCUGGAGUUUGUGUAAAUAAUCACUAAAGGUUGUAAAUAUCCAUACUUUUUCCCCCUUUUAGUUAAGAUUUAGUCGAUUGCUUGACCGACCAAGAGACUGUAGAUGAAUUCAGCCUCCGUGACAAUUCAAGAUCAAGUCUUACCAAAUGUUUUCUCUCUCUCUCUCUCUCUCUUGUCGUUUGUUAAAAUUGCUGCUGUAUUAGUGAUGAACGCCGUUUUAGAGUACUUACAGAUAUAUAUUUUUCCUGAUGGCAGAUUUUAGAUGAAGUCAAGGUUGUUUUUUUAAAGAGCGGAUGCUGAAAGCUGUGGCGUUUCUUAAAGGAGUUGAUCGGCUGUGCCAAACAAAUCUCCACAAUCCGAGCAAUAUGUGUCUUGGACCUGAUGUACAUAUUCAAAAAAAGCAUUUAGCAGAGACGACACACGAAGAAGGAAAGCAGUUCUCUCUUUUAAAACAGGACUUUUGUAUGGAUAUGUUUGUGUACAUGCUGUAUAUCCAAAUCUCAUCCGAUCCACUUAUCUAUUAAAAAUAGGCUCUAUUGUUAAAAAGCUAUGAUUUCUAUUAUAAAUAAUGAUCCUUUUAUUUUUUUGUUUAGUGUCAAAUAGCUUUUUUCAACUUCACUAUUCACUUCACUGUUUUUUGUUUUCAUUAUUAUGUCUUAAAUUAAGUUAUAAUAUAUUAUUAAUUACCCAUUUUGUGCAAUGAAAUGCUCCGGCAUCUCGAAUAUGAAGGUACUUAUGUCAGGGUAUCUGGAAGAUUGUUUCUGUUUUUACUUAAUUAAAAAACAAAACACACACACACACACACACACACACACACACACACACACACACACACACACACACACACACACACACACACACACUGUAGUGGUGUACAGGCCUGUUGACAUGCUUUUCUGUUUUGUGCAAAACUGACUGUACUGCCUUUCUCUACAGAAUGAUUGGUGUGCAUGAUGAAAUAGAUUUUUUAAAAUAAGAACAGAAUUGCCAAUAAAUAAAGCAUUUGAAAUUUGA